AUGGGUGUGAACGCGAUUCCUUUUGGUCCCCCGAUAGGUGUUGUCGUUUUCCUCACCGUACCGAAGGAUGUGACGCUUGAGGAGAUAGACAACUUCAAGCUGGAUGGUCCAGAGUUCGGUAUUAAUUUGGGACGACCUGACGGUUUUGCAGAGUCGUUGGUGUUUUCCAUACCGUUUUACGUGUCCGUUCCUAUGAUAUGGGAAAUCUGUUUAGGAUAUGGUGGAGCGACCAAUCGGGUAUGGCUGUUGA